GCGCGCGCAGGCAGCGUUUGACUCGACGGACGCUUAAUAAUAAUAAUAAUAAUAAUAAUAAUAAAUAAUAAUAAGAAGAAGAAGAAGAAGAAGAAGAAUCCAUAAAGACUCGAUUAACGUCACUCUUCUGUGUGCUUCUGGAUAAUUUGCUGCUUCGACACAGUCUGUGUUGUUGAAAGUGACUGGACUCAGGAGUCAUGAGUUCUGCUGAAGGUUCUGCUCCGAUGGCCUCGGGUUCGAGCUGCAGGUCCGUUCCUGUGGAGCAUCUGGACUACAGCUUCAUCCAGAGCUGCUCGGACCUCAAGCACCUGGAGCAGAUCCUGAGAGUCCUGCGGUCCGGUCAGGAAGGUUUCUACCCUCAUCUGAUCGAGUUCUGUGAGAAACACAUAGAGAAACUGGAUCCCAGGUCUCGAGUGCUCAGGAAGGAGAAGAGAGCGGCCAGCGCCGCCAGCUUCUCUACAGAGGAAUGGAGGAGCAUCUCUGAAGACCUGCAGCUGUGGGAGAGCAGCGUGAGACUCAGAGACGCUGAGCUGAAGAGACGGACCGGACUCAGCGAAGCUGGAGAUCUGCCGCCGGUGCGAUCCUCAAACCUCCUUCAGAGAAAAGUCAGCGCUGCGGUGAGGACUGAGAGGAGAUCCUGUGUCCCUCGAUCCUACAGAGACUGGGACAGGUUUGAUGUGGAGGUUGAGUGUAACUCUGAGGAUGAGGACAGUGUCAGAAGUUCUUCUCACGCUUGCAUCUGUCCAGUCGUGCCUGAGACCACACCGCAGGUCAGCAGCACAGGUCAGAGGUCAGAGAAACUGCUGAUGGACGAGACGGAGACAAGCAGCACAGGAAGGAAGAUCCUCAUCCAGGAAGUGGAGGCAGAUGAAGACGCUCAGGACGAAAGCAGCGGGACAGAGAGUGGAAUCAUGGGAAGCACUCAGAAGACCACAAACGAACCGACCAAUGACAGCAGCAGCAGAGGGGGCGGUCCAACAGCAGAACACACACAGACUGGACCCGCCCACCAGAGGAAGUUCCUGCUCCUGAAGGAUGAUGGGAAUGCUCUGGUGCGGAGAGGCUGCUAUCAGGAGGCAGUGGACAGAUACACUCACUGUCUUCAGCUGAGGCCACUCGAAUGUGCCGUUUACACCAACAGAGCACUCUGCUACAUCAAACUUCAGCGCUUCACUGAGGCCCAGCAGGACUGUGACUCCGCCCUUCAGCUCCAGCCCACCAAUAAGAAAGCUUUCUACAGACGUGCACUGGCCAAUAAGGGCCUGAAGGAUUAUGAGGCGUGUCGUUCAGACCUGCAGCAGGUGUUGUGUUUAGAUGCGAGUGUGACGGAGGCGGAGCAGCUGCUGACGGAGGUCACGCGUCUGAUGAGGGACAGUAGAUGUUCAUCAGGACCUCGCAGGAGCGUCACCAUCACUGAGGUGGAUGAUGAUGAUGAUGAUGGUGGUGGUGGUGAAGAUGAGGGUAUCAGUGCAGUCAUACAGUCCGUCUCCCUGCGUUGGUCAAACACAUUUGAGUUCGGUCAGGCUCUGAACAGUGCUCUCUCUGGCGGUGACCUGCUGACCUGUGCUGAUCUUCUGCGCUGCGUCGCUUCUGAACAACUGCCGCAGCUCAUCGGCACGCAGCUGGACGGACACACGCUGGGCUUCAUCCUGCGCGCGCUGAACACACACCUGCUGCACACACACCCCGAGCUUGUGUUCCAGCACCUGCAGCAGCUACAGACGGCACGCAGAUUCACGAUGGUGCUGAUGUUGCUGGACGCUGAAGAUCGCUCACAUCUCUCACAGAUCUUCCAGAAGCUUCAAGCACUGCAGACUCAAGCUUUCUCACAAAAUGACAUCACAAACCUGGCCAACAAAUACCUGUGAUGCUCCUUCAGCCUUCCCAUGAUUCCACACUCAUCAUCACUGGACAGCUCCGAGACGAGAGGAAGCAGAUCACACACACACACACACACACACAGACACACAGACAGGUAUAUCUCUCUCACACACACAGACACAAACACACACACACACACACACACGUA